AUGUCAACCGCGGAACAGGAGAUGGAACCGGUCCCGGUGGUUAACGGAGUGGACAAUAACAGUCGCCGUUACCGGCGAGAGCUCUCAGCAGAAGACCACAACCAUGAUCCGGUAAAAAAGGGGACCAGAAGUAGAAAAAUGGGUAAGUCAGUGAUCCAUAAAGUGACAUUAAAAUGACACUCAGAUCCACAACCCGCCUCUGCAGUAGUAGCAUAAAGUGAUAUUGUUUUUAGGACUGUAUAUAUAUAUAUAUAUACACACACACACACACACACAGUUGAAGUCGGAAGUUUAUAUACACCUUAGCCAAAUACAUUUAAACUCAGUUUUUCACAAUUCCUGACAUUUAAUCCUAGUACAAAUUCCCUGUUUUAAGUCAGUUAGGAUCACCACUUUAUUUUAAGAAUGUGAAAUGUCAGAAUAAUAGUAGAGCGAAUGAUUUAUUUCAGCUUUUAUUUAUUUCAUCACAUUCCCAGUGGGUCAGAAGUUUACAUACAAUUAGUAUUUGGUAGCAUUGGCUGUAAAUUGUUUAACUUGGGUCAAACGUUUCGGAUAGCCUUCCACAAGCUUCCCACAAUAAGUUGGGUGAAUUUUGGCCCAUUCCUCCUGACAGAGCUGGUGUAACUGAGUCAGGUUUGUAGGCCUCCUUGCUCGCACACGCUUUUUCAGUUCUGCCCACAAAUGUUCUAUAGGAUUGAGGUCAGGGCUUUGUGAUGGCCACUCAAAUACCUUGACUUUGUUGUCCUUAAGCCAUUUUGCCACAACUUUGGAAGUAUGCUUGGGGUCAUUGUCCAUUUGGAAGACCCAUUUGCGACCAAGCCUGAUGUCUUGAGAUGUUGCUUCAAUAUAUCCACAUAAUCUUCCAUCCUCAUGAUGCCAUCUAUUUUGUGAAGUGCACCAGUCCCUCCUGCAGCAAAGCACCCCCACAGCAUGAUGCUGCCACCCCCGUGCUUCAUGGUUGGGAUGGUGUUCUUCGGCUUGCAAGCGUUCCCCUUUUUCCUGCAAACAUAACGAUGGUCAUUAUUAUUAUUCUUUUUGUUUCAUCAGACCAGAGGACAUUUCUCCAAAAAGUACGAUCUUUGUCCCCAUGUGCAGUUGCAAACCAUAGUCUGGCUUUUUUAUGGCGGUUUUGGAGCAGUGACUUCUUCCUUGCUGAGCGGCCUUUCAGGUUAUGUUGAUAUAGGACUAGUUUUACUGUGGAUAUAGAUACUUUUGUACUCGUUCCCUCCAGCAUCUUCACAAGGUCCUUUGCUGUUGUUCUGGGAUUGAUUUGCACUUUUCGCACCAAAGUACGUUCAUCUCUAGGAGACAGAAUGCGUCUCCUUCCUGAGCGGUAUGACGGCUGCGUGGUCCCAUUGUGUUUGUACAGAUGAACGUGGUACCUUCAGGCGUUUGGAAAUUGCUCCCAAGGAUGAACCAGACUUGUGGAGGUCUACACAUUUUUUUGCUGAGGUCUUGGCUGAUUUCUUUUGAUUUUACCAUGAUGUCAAACAAAGAGGCACUGAGUUUUUGAAGGUAGGCCUUGAAAUACAUCCACAGGUACACCUCCAAUUGACUCAAAUGAUGUCAAUUAGCCUAUCAGAAGCUUCUAAAGCCAUGACAUCAUUUUCUGGAAUUUUCCAAGCUGUUUAAAGGCACAGUCAACUUAGUGUAUGUAAACUUCUGACCCACUGGAAUUGUGUUACAGUGAAUUAUAAGUGAAAUAAUCUGUCUGUAAACAAUUGUUGGAAAAAUGACUUGUGUCAUGCACAAAGCAGAUGUCCUAACCGACUUGCCAAAACUUUUAUUUGUGGAAUAGUUUAAAAACAAGUUUUAAUGACUCCAACCUGUAUGUGUAUGUAAACUUCCGACUUCAACUGUAUAUAUAUAUAUAUCACAGGAGGCUGGUGGCACCUUAAUUGGGGAGGACGGGCUCAUGGUAAUGGCUGGAGCGGGAUAAGUGGAAUGGUAUCAAUUACAUCAAACACAUGGUUUCCAUUCCAUUUGCUCUGUUCCAGCCAUUAUUAUGAGCCGUCCUCCCCUCAGCAGCCUCCACUGAUAUAUAUAUUUAUAUAUAUAUAUAUAUAUUAGCCUACAGGCCAAGGCUUAUAUACAUGUAAUCAUUCGAUUAUCUGUUUUUGCUCAAUUACACACCUGUAGCUAAUGAUAAUCUUUUGGAAUAUUUUGUUGAUGUUGAUUGCCUAGUGCUAUGAAAAGUCAUACAAGCUCAGUUUGAGUGUUAUUUGACAACUUGGUAAUUGUUAAAGGUCUGUCUAUGGUGGUCUGUUUUGUGAACCUGACACCUUUGUCUCUAUUCUUCCUCACUGUUUAGUUGGGGACACUGUUCCUGUCGGGGACACUGUUCCUGUUGGGGAUAAUGCAUUACUCACGCUCACGCAACACACACACACACACACACACACACACACACACUUAACGUGCAUGUGUGAGUAAUGCAUUAUCCUCCGCUAACACACGGAAGGUGUGAGUGUGUGAGUGUGUGUGUGUGUGUGUGUGUGUGUGUGUGUGUGUGGUGUGUGUGUGUAAGCGAUAGAACACACAGGAAACAUGGAUAGAGGACUUGGGAUCAUAUGUUUUCCUGCUCUUGUCAUAAUAAACACAUAAAAGAAAUGUCAACCGCCGGCCAAAAGGCCCAUAAAUAACUAUUGGGCAUGUCACCUUUUAAUUUUUAGGUUAUUUUGUUUACCUACUUCUUACAAUCUAUCAAAGUAGCAUACAUGCUGUGUUCAGUAUUAAAGGAACAUUUCUAUAUAUUGCAGAGCGCUCUAGCUCCAGAGGAGCAGGCACAUCCGAAGACAGCUUCCCAACAGGUGACUAACCAAGAACUGUGUCUACUCUACGAGGCUGAUCUAGGAUUAAGUCCCACCUGUCCAUGUCAUCUUAUUCAUCAUUAUCUAAAAGGCUAAACUGAUGCUAGAUCAUACCCUGAGACACUUUAUUAAUAGGGAACCAGGAAUAUGACACCUUUCCAUGAAAGGGGGAUUUCCAUUUUCAAUCUUCCAAUGCAUGUAUAUCAGACACUUCAUUCUCAUUGUGGAACCUCAGAAUUUAACGGAAUGGAUUUUCAUGAAGUUUCCAACCACAGUAUUCCAAAAAGGAGGGGAGAGAGUUUGGGGUUUGGCUGUGGCAGUUAAGAGUAAAGUUAUGGAUUAUGGGUCUAACUCUCUCUCUUGCCAUGUGAGGAGCUCUGAGAUGCAACUGUGGGUUUUGAAUGACUCAUUCUGCUACCAACCAUCAUGCUAUUUCAUACAGCCACAUGCUUCCAAUAUCAACAUAGUGGUCGAGAGUAGCCUGAGUGCCAGCCUGUUUGUGCUAUCAUGCCAACUCCCUGUCACUCAAUGUCAUUGGUUUUACAAUGACAGCAAUGGAGAGAGAUCUGGGACCAGGCUUGGUUGAGAGCAACAUACUGAACACUGUUGUAGUGGUUUUUAUUUAUUUAUUUCACCUUUAUUUAACCAGGUAAACCAGUUGAGAACAAGUUCUCAUUUACAACUGCGACCUGGCCAAGAUAAAGCAAAGCAGUGCGAUAAAAACAACACUAUGACUGCGGACUCAAAGUCAACCAUUAAAUCAUAUAAGUUAUGAGUUUCAUGUUGGUUCAGUAGGAAACUGUUUUUAUAUUUUGUAUAUUCCUACUGUGAUUUUUAGUGCACCCGUGGACAACGUACUGCAGUUAUUCUGCAUUCUUUCUUCUCUUGUCUCACAAAUGCAGUAGUCUGUAUGCUAUUAAACUGGGAUUCACUAGCCUGGUCCUAGAUCUGUUUGUGCUGUCUUGCUAACUCCUAUGGUUAUUGUUACAUUUGGCAUGACAAUGACCAUAGGAGAUGGCAAGACAGCACAAACAGAUCUAGGACCAGGUUAGAAAUUCACUUCUCAUUAUGGAAAAUCAUGUAGUUGACAGUGAAUUUUAACUAUCAUUAUUGUACCUUGGACCUGAGAGAGCCUGAGAAAGUCUCUUUGAAGUCAUUGAUUAAUCUCUGUGGGUCAUUCACUGUGAAUCACAGUGUUACUAGACCAGUGCCUUACAGAAAAACAACAUGAAUUUCACGUGGACACAUGUUAAGUGUUCCAAAAACACACGUUUUCAUGUGAUCACGUGAUCUUAUGUGAAGUUAAUGUGAUAACACGAGACAACAUGUAAAGCAACAUGUGAUAACAUGGAACUACACAUGUGAAAACGUGAUCAAGUGUUCCAAAAACACAUGAUUUCACAUUACAUUUCACAUGUGAAAUCGUGUGAUUUCCCACAUGUGAAAUCAUGUGGUUUUUCGGUAAGGGGUGAGAUGAUUGUGUCCAAAAUGGCCGUCAGUUAAUAAAGAAACAGGAAGUAAAGCAAAGUUGAGGAUACAGUAUUAGUACUGUACCUGUCAGGAUAUUGACAUCAUUGUUGUUGUGAUUCGUUUUCUUUAACUAUGACAAACCUUAAACUACACUUUUGAAUUGCCUUUGGACAUCAUGCACUAUAUCUGUGGAAUGUGGAAGUUAGUUACUUCUACAUGGUGUUUUGAGAAACAACAUUAUUGUUUUAUUACGAAGUCACCGGAGUAUCUCUGUCACCUCUUCUCUCUUACAAAACAUUAACUAGAGAAGGAUUGCCCAUACUCAGCAUGUCAUAGACUGUAAUGGUGAUUUAAUGUGUCCUUGCCUGGGUGCAUGUUUCCAGUGCUGCCCAUGCUGUUGGCCAUGGUGGAGGGGCCGGACAAGCUUCCUGCAGACGAGGGGUCACAGGAAGUGCUGCGGGGGAAACUCCGCCUCCUGGAGGCCGACAACAUAGAGGUCAACGCUCUCUUCAUGGUAUAACACUCUUUAUUAACCUUUAUGUAUCCAGGUUAGUCUUGUCGCAGGUUGGUCAUUUAUUGUCAUAAAUCUUGAGGCAGCUCUGCAGUGGUCACUAGCUAGCACAGCCACAAAGUCAUAAAAUCUGAUUUUAACCCUAACCUUAACCACACUGCUAACCCUAAUGCCUAACCCUAACCUUAAAUUAAGUACUAAAUAUCAUUUUUGUUUUCAUGAACCUUUACGAGAUAGACAAUUCUGACUUUGCAGUUGGCCCAUUUAGUGUAAAUUGCUCAGUUCUGCCUCCAGGGCAAGAUUCAUGAUAAUAAAUGUCAACCUACGUAAUUUUAAUGUAAUCUUUAUGUACAGCUGUAAUCUAUAUAUACUGCUAAAAUGCAUUUGCUAUGAUACUGUACUCAGCACAGUCACACCUCACUUUGUCAACACGCUUUGUCACAGGUUUUAUCGCAAGUGUGUAAAGUUAGAGUGAAUAGAAUGAAUGCAUUAUGUAUGGUCGUAUCACCAGUUUUGCAUUUGAAGUGGUUGUGUUAUCAGUUUGUAUUUGUUCUUAUUGAGGUAGUACCUUAUUAACAGAUUGCAUUGCUUUAUACAGUAGUUUGUGAGAAAUCAUGUACAUUUAGACCUCUUCUCUGUGCUCCUCUCCUGCACUAUAGGAACUAUCAGCUCGACUUGUUUCCGUCAACUGUGAAGAGAACACCAUAUUUGUCACAUUCAAAACAUUUGAAGAGAUAUGGAGGUUCACCACGUAUUACACAAUGGGUAAUGUCGUCUAGCAUAAGAAGUUAUAGAUAUAGAAUAGAAACUCUCUGUGGGGUUUGUAUUUACAUGAAUGAUACACAAGUUCUGAAUCUUAACUUAACAUACAUGGUUAUAGAAUAUAUAGGAAAGAUAGAAAUGCAAAUGGGAGAGGUGUUAACAAGUACAGUGCCUUCGGAAAGUAUUCAGACCCCUUGACUUUUCCCACAUUUUGUUACGUUACAGCCUUAUUCUAAAAUGGAUAAAAAAAUAUUUAAAAAUCCUCAUCAAUCUACACACCAUACCCCAUAAUGACAAAAGAAAAACAGGUUUAUAGAAAUGUUUGCAAAUGUAUUAAAAAUAAAAACGGAAAUAAUACAUUUACAUAAGUAUUCAGACCCUUUGCUAUGAGACUCGAAAUUGAGCUCAGGUGCAUCCUGUUUCCAUUGAUCAUCCUUGAGAUGUUUCUACAACUUGAUUGGAGUCCACCUGUGGUAAAUUCAAUUGAUUGGACAUGAUUUGUAAAGGCACACACCUGUCUAUAUAAGGUCCCACAGUUGACAGUGCAUGUCAGAGCAAAAACCAAGCUAUGAGCUCCGAGACAGGAUUGUGUCGAGGCACAGAUCUGGGGAAGGGUACCAAAAAAGUUCUGCAGCAUUGAAAGUCCCCAAGAACACAGUGGCCUCCAUCAUUCUUAAAUGGAAGAAGUUUGGAACCACCAAGAUUCUUCCUAGAGCUGGCCGCCUCGCCAAACUGAGCAAUCGGGGGAGAAGGGCCUUGGUCAGGGAGGUGACCAAGAACCUGAUGGUCACUCUGACAGAGCUCCAUAGUUCCUCUGUGGAGAUGGGAGAACCUUCCAGAAGGACAACCAUCUCUGCAGCACUCCACCAAUCAGGCCUUUAUGGUAGAGUGGCCAGAAGGAAGCCACUACUCAGUAAAAGGCACAUGACAGCCCAUUGGAGUUUGCCAAAAGGCACCUAAAGACUCUCUGACCAUGAUAAACAAGAUUCUCUGGUCUGAUGAAACCAAGAUUGAACGCUUUGGCAUAAAUGCCAAGCGUUACGUCUUGAGGAAACCUGGCACCAUCACUACGGUGAAGCAAGGUGGUGGCAGCAUCAUGCAGUGGGGAUGUUUUUCAGCGGCAGGGACUGGGAGACUAGUCAGGAUCGAGGGAAAGAUGAACGGAGCAAAAUACAGAGAGAUCCUUGAUGAAAACCUGCUCCAGAGCGCUCCGGACCUCAGGCUGGGUUGAAGGUUCACCUUCCAACAGGACAACGACCCUAAGCACACAGCCAAGACAACGCAGGAUUGGCUUCAGGAUGAGUCUUUGAAAGUCCUUGAGUGGCCCAGCCAGAGCCCGGACUUGAUCCCGAUCGAACAUCUCUGGAGAGACCUGAAAAUAGCUGUGCAGCGACACUCCCCAUCCAACCUGACAGAGCUUGAGAGGAUCUGCAGAGAAGAAUGGAAGAAACUUGGCACAGGUUUGCCAAGCUUGUAGCGUCAUACCCAAGAAGACUCAAGGCUGUAAUCGCUGCCAGUUGCUUCAACAAAGUACUUAGUAAAGGGUCUGAAUGUUAUGUUUCAGUUGUAUUUUUUGUAUACAUUUGCAAAAAUGUAUAAAAACCAGUUUUUGCUACUUCAUCAUGGGGUAUUGUGUGUAGAAAAACAAUUACAUACAUUUUAGAAUAAGGCUGUAACGUAACAAAAUGUGGAAAAAGUAAAGGGGUCUGAAUACUUUCCAAAAAUCCACUGUAUGUCCAGAGUCACAUUCCUGUUAGGCUGAGAGAGGAUCUUAUGUCAGAUGAUGUGGAAGUAAUAUCGCUACAGGUUCAUCUGCCUCACCUAUAGCCUAUUCUCGUAGGAAGUUGCUAUAGACCACCAAGUGCUAAAAGUCAGUAUUUGGACUAUAUGUGUGAAAUGUUGGAUAAUGUAUGUGAUAUCAACAUAGAGGUAUAUUUUCUGGGUGACCUAAAUAUUGACUGGUUGUCAUCAAGCUGCCCACUCAAAAAGAAGCUCCAAGCUGUAACCAGUGCCUGCAAUCUGGUUCAAGUCAUCAGUCAACCUACCAGGGUAUUUACAAAUGGAACAUGAACUUAAUCAUGCAUGUGUAUUGAUCACAUAUCUACUGAUGUUGCAGAAAUAUGCUCUAAAGCAGUAUCCACACCCAUCAGAUGUAGUGAUCAUAAAAUAAUAGCCAUAUCUACAAAAAACAAAGUUCCAAAGGCUGGACCUAAAAUUGUGUAUAAACGAUCAUACAAGAGGUUUUGCAAUGAUUCCUAUGUCGAAGAUGUGAAAAAUAUUUGUUGGUCUGAUGUGUGUAAUGAGGAACAUCCAAAUGCAGCACUUGAAGCAUUUAUGGAACUUGUCAAGUCAUCAGGGUAAUGCGGUAGGCGAAGUCAGGCGCAGGACACAGAGCUAAUCAAAAGCGUACUUUACUCGUAGGUAAAUGUAUGAACAAAACCUCCACGCAGGGAGGAAACAAACCCGCACACUAACGACAACCAAAACAUGAACAAACACGCACAACACACAGUGUGAGACAGAGGGUUAAAUAGGGAAGACAUAACUACAUGAUGGGAAACAGGUGUGACCAAUAAAGACAAAACAAGUCGAACAUAGACACAUGGUUUGGUAGUAGCUAGUACUCCGGUGACGACGAACGCCGAAGCCUGCCCGAGCAAGGAGGAGGGGCAGCCUCGGCUGAAUUCGUGACAGUACCCCCCCCUUGACGUGCGGCUCCAGCCGUGCGCCGACCCCGGCCUCGGGGACGGCCAGGAGGACGCGGAGCAGGGCGAGUCGGAUGACUACAGUGGAAAUCCCUCAACAUGGAGGGAUCGAGGAUGUCCCUCCUAGGGACCCAGUACCGUUCCUCUGGACCGUACCCCUCCCACUCCACGAGAUACUGCAGGCCCCCCACCCGACGCCUCGAAUCCAAGAUGGACCGGACCGAGUACGCCGGUGCCCCCUCGAUGUCCAGUAGGGGCGGAGGAACCUCCCAUACCUCAGACUCCUGGAGUGGACCAGCUACUACCGGCCUGAGGAGAGACACAUGGAACGAGGGGUUAAUACAGUAAUUAAGAGGAAGCUGUAACCUAUAACAAACCUCGUUCAAUCUCCUCAGGACUUUAAAUGGCUCCACAAACCGCCGACCCAGCUUCCGGCAGGGCAGGCGAAGGGGCAGGUUUCGGGUCGAGAGCCAGACCCGGUCCCCCGGUGCAUACACCGGGGCCUCACUGUGGUGGCGAUCGGCGCUCGCCUUUUGUCGCCUGAUGGCCCGCUGCAGGUGUACAUGAGCAGCGUUCCAGGUCUCUUCCGAGCGCCGAAACCACUCAUCCACCGUAGGAGCCUGGCUCUGAUGCCAAGGUGCCAGGACCGGCUGAUAACCUAACACACACUGGAAAGGAGUAAGGUUAGUAGAGGAGUGGCGGAGUGGCGGAGUAAGUUUUGGGCCAUCUCUGCCCAGGGGAUAUAACCCGACCACUCCCCCUGCCGGUCCUGGCAAUAUGACCGCAGAAACCUACCCACAUCCUGGUUGACUCUUUCCACCUGCCCAUUACUCUCGGGGUGAAAACCUGAGGUCAGGCUGAUCGAGACCCCCAGACGUUCCAUGAACGCCCUCCAGACCCUUGAGGUGAACUGGGGACCCCGAUCCGACACAAUAUACUCAGGUACCCAGUAGUGCCGGAAGACGUGUGUAAACAGUAGUUUGUAGGGGUGUAGGGAGACCUGGCAUAGGAAUGAGACGGCAGGACUUGGAACGGGUAGGGGUUGUAACUUCUCUCUGGGCAGGUGUCUAGGUGCCUUACACUGGGCGCACACCAAGCAGGAGGAAACAUAAACCCUCACGUCCUUGGCUAAAGUGGGCCACGAGUACUUCCCACUAAGACAGUGCACUGGCCGACCGAUGCCAGGAUGACCAGAGGAGGGUGACGUGUGAGCCCAAUAGAUCAAUCGAACGCAAACCUCGAGCGGCACGUAUAUACGACCCUCUGAGUGGGCUCGGUACGUAACGCCCGCUCGAUGUCCGCGUCAACCAGACACGACGCCGGAAGUAUGGGAGUGGGCUCAAUGGACCUCUCCUCUGUGUCAUACAGUCGGGACAGGGCGUCUGCCUUAGCGUUCUGGGAACCUGGUCUUCCACUGACCGGGAGACUCAUGGGAGGCGCACAAUUGGCCCAGCGUCGUCCAGGGUAGGGGAGGGAAUGGCCGGCAGGGAUGUAGCUCAGUUGAUAGAGCAUGGCGUUUGCAACGCCAGGGUUGUGGGUUCAAUUCCCACGGGGGGCCAGUAUAAAAAAAUAUGUAUUCACUAACUGUAAGUCGCUCUGGAUAAGAGCGUCUGCUAAAUGACGUAAAUGUAAAUGUAUAUCUCCGAUUGAAAUCAAUAGAUAACCUACUUCUAGACCAGGACUUCUGACUGACCCCUGACGUAUUGACCUCUGACCUCUAUUGACCUCUGUUCUCCAGGCUUUCUGGGUCAGUGCAUGGAGAACCUGCUGUUGGACCAGGACUUCUGGUUGAGCUCUCUGGACCAGGAGUACGUUGCCAUAGAGAUCUCUAUCCAAGAGGAGACUCUCAACCUCAUCUACAAAGGCAUCCUCAUGCAAGAGGGUAAGUCUCCCAGUGACUCACAGAUUAAAAUGUCUGACUUCGACAGCUUUUUGUAGCCACAUUCACUGUUUGGUGUAUUCAGAAUAUACAGAAGCACUUAAUUUGAUAAGUCAGCACAUACAGAUCAAAUGAACAUUGAGCAUCCAUGUUAUGCUUUUAUGAGAUGUUAUACAUGUUAUACUCUUAAUUACAAUGCUACAAAUGAUUAGUUAUUUAGUUCUACCCAUCAAAUAAAGUAUGACCAAAUCUCCCCCUCUGUCAGGUUCCUUAUUCGCCAGCUGCAGCUCUACCCAGAUGUUUGACAGCUCCACCCCUGGUAGAGACCUCUACAUGGAGCAGGGGGACAUAGCCCUGUUUGAGCCCCCGUUCCUGGGGUCGGGGUGGACCGUACUCUCCCUGGGGGAUGGAGCCCGGGGGACCAAACCCAAACCAGCCCUGGAGCCCGUCAUCCCCUUCCACCAGUCAGUACUCUUCCUAGUGUAUACUUAGUUAUUUAAUUCUUAGUCAAUACAGAAAAUGAAGCAAUUGAUGCACACUGCUAAUUUUCCAAGUUUCACCUUUUUAUUCACAUAUUUCAUUCCUGCUUCACCCUAUAGAUGGUUCCUCAAAUCAUGUGCGGAGAACAUCUUAGUUGGCAGUGGCAAGCCAGCAUGUGAUUUCCCCUGCCAGUUUGGUAAGAAGAACCCUGUUUGAAUUCCACUUGACAAUCCUAAUUCUAAGGGCUUCAUUGUUCCUUCUCUUUCUCAUAGAAUUAUAAUUACGGUAUGUGGAGGAAUUCUAGAGUCUGAACUAACUUAAAAAUUCCAAUUCAUCUCUCCUGUCCACCUGUCUCUUUUCCCAUGCUAGCCACUGGCUCCUGUGUGGCCAGUGUUGAGUAUGACGCCGGUGGGCCAGACGAGCUGAGCCUGGAGCAGGGUGAUCGCAUCAUCAUUGUGGGCCUGUUGGUGUCGUGCUUCGAGUGGUUCACUGGCAGACUGGAGAGGACAGGAGAAGUGGGAUUGGUGAUGACUACCCUGGUCAGACCGGCCGAUAGCCUUUGUGAGUAAGUGUGUCCUUCAGUUAUAUAUUGAUUAACUGCGUCAGGUUAACUGUGUCAGAUUAACUGCGUCAUCAUGUAUACAGUAGUGAUAUAUUCAUAGAAUUAAAUAGAACAUUAAAAUGGUAAUUGGUAUCCCGGCAACUAUGCAGCUCAAUGGUAUCAGCUACUCAAGUGUAUGAUAUACACUGAGUAUACAAAACACUAUUUUUAUGACAGACUGACCAGGUGAAUCCAGGUGAAAGCUAUGAUCCCUUAUUGAUGUCACUUGUUAAUUCCACUUCAAUCAGUGCAGAUGAAGGGAAAAUGACGGGUUAAAUAAGGAUUUUUAGGCCUUGAGUCAAUUGAGACAUGGAUGUGUGCCAUUCAGAGGUUGAAUGGGAAGGACAAAAGAUUUAAGUGCCUUUGAACGGGCUAUGGUAGUAGUUGCCAGGCGCACCGGUUUGUGUUAAGAACUGCAACGCUGCUGGGUUUUUCACGCUCAACAGUUUCCUGUGUGUAUCAAGAAUGGUCCACCACCCAAAAGACAUACAGCCAACUAAACACAACUGUGGGAAGCAUUGGAGUCAACAUGUGUGGAACGCUUUCGACACCUUAUAGAGUCCAUGCCCCAACAAAUUGAGGCUGUUCUGAGGGAAAAGGGGGGGGUGCGCAACUCAAUAUUAGGAGGAUGUUCUUAAUGUUUUGUACACUCGGUUUAUCUCUACGGGUGUAUUACAGUAAAUGUACAAAGGCACACUGGACAAUGCUUUCAGAGCCAUGUUGAAUUAGAUGUUCAAACACACAUGGUAGCUCCUCACAUUCCUUUUAGAAAGUGUUAUUAUUCUACAUUGUCUGAAAUUAGUAGCCAUUUUGUUUUAUUAACUCCAUUCUAGGGCGUCUGACAUUUUCCUAGAGAAAGAAGAGAGGUUGUUUUUCAACCUGAAAGAAGAUCGGAUUAAAGAGGAGACAAUCGCCUUGCUGAAAAAAAUCAACCAGAAUGAUGUUGGACACGUCUACAAACUUGGUGAGACAGAAUUUGAGAAAUGCUCAGGGGCAUUUUCUUGGUGAUGAACAGCUGCCAGCAAGUACAGCUUGUUUUUUAUUUGUGCAUUGGUCUCUAAGAAUGCCUUACUGUGUAAAGAUGGUCUGUUUUGAAAUUGAUUCAUUAAUUAUCCCUUUCAUUCCAGAUCUGAUUGAUCAACAGGAUUCUCCAAAGGAACCAACUCAAAGUAGGGGUAUUUAUUGUUUGCUUUGUACUUUUAUGCACAAAUGGACUAUUGUAUUUUAUAGUAUUUUUUCUCAACAUGGAAAGCAUUUUCUGGCUCCUCCCACAUGUCAACAACAUCAUAAAUAAUGAUCUUCAUCUAUCUUACAGAUGGUUCCCAAGGCAACAUGGAUGCUCACCAACAAGCAGAACUGAAGAGGAAGAUUGAAGAGAUUCUACUAAAAGGGAAGAUGAAAUCGAAGGUGCCUAAUGCAACUGUGACUACAAAUGGAACUCUGGAGGACCACAGUGAGACCUCUAAGACUACAUUAGCCAGCGGGCCUCACUUCACCGUCCACCCAGUUGAGGAAGGCACCACCACCAACCAGGAAAAAUUCCUUCCUCUUCUAUCCUUCCUGGGUGGCAGCAACUACAAGCCAGAGUUUGGCGCCCUCUAUGGCCAAACUCCAGAACGGCUCCUCGCCACUUUCACUGGCCACUCGGACGACGUUGACAAAUUGGUGGCGUAUCUAGGUGUUGCCAGGGAAACUGCCAGGAAGAAGCGUCUCCAUUGGUCCCAGAGCCGCCUCUGUUUCCUUUUGGGGAAACUCUGCGCAGGACGAUCAAAAUUCUCCCAGGCUCGAGUCUACUUCGAGGAGGCCCUUAGCGUCCCUCGAGACGGCUUCACGGACAUGCUAAUGCUAGCUAGCAUCUACGCUAACCUAGCGGUGAUCUAUCUCAUGCAGAAAAAUACCGAAAAAUACUUUUCUCUGUCAGAGCGGAUCGCUGCGUUGCUCAUGGGCAUUCCUGACUGCGUCUCGACAGUGGAGAAAGACUCAGAAGUUCUGAAGUUUAUCCUGAAGAAGGCGGUGCUUAGUCACAACAAGAUGGCAGAAGCCAGAGCAUGCUUCCUCUUGGCCAAGCUCCACUGGAGGCGAGGUGAGGGGGCAGAUGCCGUUCCCUUCCUGGAGAGGCUUCUGGUUCUCUUGGCAGAGCCCCCAGGUGUCCGGAGCGUCGCGCCCAGCCACGGCUACCUCAGCCUGGGGAGGCUGUACAGCCAGCUCUCCCUCCCCCACCUCUGUGUCAGCUCAGCCAGGAAAGCCACGAUGCAUCCGUCCGCUAGGCUAGCCGAUUGUCUGAAUGGAAUGGGGCUGGUUCUGGAGAACACAGCCAGACUCUAUGGGAUCCGGAAGCAGGACGUCGCCAUUCCGGCUCAAGUGGCUCCAUAUCUCAGCCGGUCGCUCUCCUUCACUGGGCGAUUCGAUGGAGUCGGUGGCACUGGUGACCUCACUCUAAGCCAGGCUCUAACACUCUGCCUAUCCCAGCUGUUUCAGAAACAUGGGAUGCUAGGUCACGCGGUACGCUCCAUGCACACUCUCAUAGACCAUCAUCGCGCGCCGUCAUCAUCAUCAUCGGGCGCCACUAGCAUUCCUGAACGAAACAUCGCCCUUGUGUGGCUAGCAUGGCUGCACAUCUGUAACAGCCAACCAGAGGUAUCUCUAGACAUCCUCGACUCGGUGCUGGCCUCCAUGCCAGAACACUGCACUACCCCACAGGAAGGUACACUUAAGUUGUUCUUUUGCACAUACUGUACUGUUGAACUUACCUCUACAUAUGUCUUUUUUUUUGUAGCUGUCUUGUAACGCUCGUUUGUGAGUAUUUUUACUACGGCUGUAAGUAUGACCAACUAAUUACCACUUAGAGAUUAAUGAAGUACAAUCUCAUCUCAAGGACUGGUCCACAACAUGAGGGGUGUGGCCCUGCGAAGCACGGGGGACCUGAGGAGGGCAGCAGAGAGCUACCAGAUGGCCGUGGAUGUGUGUGAGGAGUCUGGGGACAGGGCUAACUGGGCAGUAGCAGAAGCUAACCUGGGGUUAUUGUGUCUGGAGGCUGGGGCUAAGGUAUAUGAUCAGAUAUAUAUAGUUCUUUUAUUGUGUUACUAUUUCCUUUUUUUAUUUAGCAAAUUUUUCUUACUUUUUAACUCUGCGUUGUUGGGAAAGGGCUUGUAAGUAAGCAUUUCAUGGUAAAGUCUACACCUGUUAUAUUCGGCGCAUGUGACAAAUACAUUUUUAUUUGAUAUAUAAAUUAUGAUUACAAAAUUCCCAGGUUUUCCAGAAAUCCUGGUUGGAAGGAAUCUGGGAAUAUUCCAACAGGGAUUUCCGGAAAACCAGGAAAUUUGGGGAAAAAUUAGUGAAAUGUUGCUAAUUAGGAUUACAGAUAGAUUAGCAGUCCUUUCACUUCAUCCUCAGCGGUUAGCGGAGCAGCAUCUAACAGAAGCUGUGGAGAUGUUGUCAGCGCUGGAGGGACAGGAACAUGAGGUGAACUUUAUUUAUUCUUGUAUUUUUCUAUUUACACCUCCCUAUUCGGAGGACAACUUUAUUUAUUUUUAUUUUUUUAUAUGUUAUUUCUUUAUUAUUUUCUAUGUAAUACUUGUUAUGGUUACAAUUUACAGUAGAUGUCAUUAUGAAGGCUUUUAUAAUGCCUUUAUAACAGCUAUAUAAUAUACAUUAUAACAUUUGUCAUAAGUCGUCAUCUUUUGUUGUUCUAGGUGAACUUUACCACAGUGCUGCUGGAGCUGGGACAGUACUAUGUGAACCAGAGACUCCUGGACAGAGGAAAGAUCUACUAUGAAUGGGCUCUACUCAUGGCUAUCAAGUCAAACCACUCAGACAGUACGUUUAUUUUGUUAUUGUUGUUGAAACCAUCAUUUCCACAAUGCUACAGAACACAUGGUUUACAUAGAGGUCCACACACCACCCAUAAGCUGAAUCAACAUUCUGAGGUAUGGGGACCCUCUGAGAACGUUGGUAUUGGAUCCAAGGAAAUUAAAUAUUAUCAUGCCUGUGGUUAGUUUUUGUUGGAGAAACCGAGAUGCAUAAUCUUUCAUACGUGUAUAUUUGCCUGCUAAAAUGACAUGAAAAAAUAUGCACAGGAUAGAAUGUCGGUUAUGCAUUCUACAGUUCUAUAAUGUAUUUUAUUUAGGAUUUGAUUGUUUAAAUACUCAGUUACUAUAUACUGAACAUAUGGAAUGAAUUUCAUUAGCAGAAUACCUGUUUCAUCACUUCUGCCCCAAAUAUGUUAGUCAAGUAGCUCCUCUGGCUAAUGUCGAGGCUUUAGCUCAGUGGGCUAACAGAAAGAUGCUAUGUUAAUCCGACUCUCCAUAUGGUGUAUUCCCCUCUCCCAGAUCAGUUGAGUGUGACGCGGCGGUUGUGCCACCUGUACAGUGCAGUGUGUCCGGAUGAGGCCCAGUGCAUCAUCUACAACGAACAUCAGCUGGCCCUGCUGGCGACCCGGGGAGACAGGAGACAGGAGGGGGAGGUGCUGGAGACCAUCAGCCAGCUAUACCUUAGUCUGGGGACAGAGAGGUGUGUCUGUCUGUCUAAGUGCCCGUCUCUAGUUGGCAGCAAGUGAUAACAUUUCCCUUCCUUUCUAUCUCUGUGUCCAGGGCUAGGCGGUCUGCUCUGGACUACACCAAGCGUAGCCUGGGUAUCUUCAUAGACCUGGGCCGGAGGGAGAAGGAGGCUAACGCCUGGUUACAGGCUGGGAAGAUAUACCACAUGCUGGGCCAGACUGAACUGGUGGACCUUUAUGUACAGGUCAGAACCUAUUCUAUUCUAUUAUAUUGCACAGUGCAGACAGCAUUGACUCAGAGUUACAUUGUAUUCCUCCCAGGUGGCCCAAGAUGUGGGUCUGAGUACUGGAGACACACACUUCAUCCUACAGCUGCUGGAGGCAGCAGGGGACGUCUUCUUCAACAGCUCAACGGAGAGAGAGAAGGCUGUCUGCUUCUAUGGGGUAGGACGCAGACGCACACACUGCUUCUAUGGGGUAGGACGGAGGUUGUGCAUGUGUGUGACUCCACCUGUGUGUGUGUUAGUAUGUGAACCCACCUGUGUGUGUGUGUGUGUGUGUGUGUGUCAGGACCGUGCCCUGCCCAUCGCGGUGAGAACCAGCAAUACAGAGGUCAGACUGAGGCUGUCUAACAAGCUGGUGGAGCUGCUGCUGCAGAUGAAGCUGUAUGGAGAAGCUGUGGAGUACGCCCUAACCGCCCUGGACAUCAGUGUUCAACUGGGUAGGACACACAACAGCUAUGGCCACUAGAGGUCAGACCUCGCUUAGCCCAGACCUUGUCCUUACUUGUAUUUUCCAAUAGAAAUAUGCAUUUACAUUUAGCAGAUGCUCUUAUCCAGAGUGACUUACAGUCAGUGAAUUCCAGUAAGGUUUGGCAGGAAAAAACAACCACAUCACAGUUAUUGCAACAACAACAAAAAGUCGCCAUCAGCAGAAUCCGUGCCAGGAAGAAAAAACAGGUGCACCCUGGUUAUAGCUCUUUUUGUGAAAUGUACUAACUAAUGAAACCAUUAUUGUACUUCAUAUAGGAAACCGUCUGAACGAGCGUGUGGCGUUCCACCGCCUGGCUACCCUGUACCACUGUCUGGGACAGUUUGAGCUGGCUGAACACCACUACCUGAAGACCCUCUCCCUCUGCCCCACACCCCUGGAGUUUGAUGAGGAAACCCUGUACUACGUCAGGGUCUAUCAGACACUGGGGGACAUUAUAUUCUAUGACCUGAAGGUAAUCAAUCAAUCAAUCAAUCAAUCAAUCAAUGGAAUUCAUGACUGGGCAGUUUGUUGUAUUUUCAGGUUUUAAAUACAUAUCUAUAAGAAAUAGAAAUUUGAUCCCAAAAGUUAAACUUUGAAUUGCACUCCUUUGGAGAAAUUCCGUGUCAAGAUGGAGUUGACCCCAACCCUUGAAAACAUACAGAAAACAUGUGCAUGAAUUUGCAUUUCAUUGUGGCGAUAUAACGCUUGAUUUACAUGGACCAAACCAAAACGGCUUUUAACGAUUCCUCCACUGACCCCAACCUCACCUCUAACCCCUAACUUUUCACCUUUGACCCUUAGGACCCCUACGACGCUGCGGGGUACUACCACCUAGCACUUGCUGCAGCCAUGGACAUCGGCAACAAGAAGUCCCAACUCCAGCUCUGCACGCGAUUGGCUACCAUCUACCACAACUUCCUGGUCGACCGGGAGCUGUCCCUCUUCUUCUACCAGAAAGCACGAGCGUUUGCCUCCGAUCUCAACGUACGACGCAUCAACCUCUCACCAGACCAGAUCUUCAGUAGUAUGUCACAGUACAAGACAAACAGGGUGAACAUCUCGGAACCAAGAAAUAAGUAA